AUGGCGAGCGCUCUGACGCCCGACCUGUCACUCUCCACUAUCCAGUCCGAGGGCACUCCAGGCGCCACGCCCGAGGGCACGCCCGACGUGACGCCCUCGGUCAGUCGACAGUCCUCGCGUCUAGCGGGAAACGGGGAGGAGUCAGCCAGCCGGAGACCCUCGAAGGUCAUGUUUACGUCAACACCCAAGAGCGAGAGAGCAGCAAGCAGUGAACAGAUCCGACGGGAUAGCAGUGUGUUGUCCACCCAACGGGACAGCAGUGUGCUGUCUGACCGACGGGACAGCAGUGACCAGCUCCGUCGGGACAGCGGUAUGCUGUCCGACCGCCAGGCACUACGCAGGGACAGCAGCGCCCAUUCCGACCGCCGAGACAGCAAUGUGCUGUCCAACCGCGAUCAGCUAGGCCGGGACAGCAGUGGACAGCUCCCCCGGGAUAGCAGUAUGCUAUCCACUAGUGAUCAGCUCCGUCGGAACAGCAGUGCCCUCUCCGACCGCGAUCAGCUUGGCCGGGACAUCAGUGGACAGCUCCCCCGGGACAGCAGUGCCCCACCAGGCCGGGAUAGCAGUGUGCUAUCCGACCGUCGGGACAACAGAGUGCUGUCCGACCAUGACCAACUGCGCCGAGACAGCAGUGCUCAGCUAGGCCGGGACAGCAGUGCCCAGCUCCGCCGGGACAGCAGUGCCCUUUCCGACCGCUACCCCUCAACUCUCUGUACCGACGAUCUCGAACCCUGGGACUCUCUUCCUAAAGGCUACGUCACUUCCUCUUCCUCCGGUUUGCUGUCUCCACAAAAGUCUCAAGAAAAGGGGGACGCCUUGACACCCGAGUCCACCCCGGCGUCUUCAAGAGUCUUCGCGACCUCGCCAAGACGUAGCCAAGACUCCUUGGCGACGAGAGACUUUCCUUCGAUGCCGUCUUUACAGCCACAGGCGUCUCACCAAUCGCGCGACGAUGGGGCUACUCUAGGAAAGGUUUCCUCUGGUCCAUCCGAGCUCACCUCAAAAGCAAAGUCUAGUGACGUGGACGCUUCUCUUGGCAACGGCUCUUGGCCCGCGUCGAGUACUAAGUUGUUUUCGGAACCGUCGCGCGAAAGCGCUUCUUCGAAUCAAGGUAGAGCCCAAGGACCGAGCGUCGGAACCUCCGAAGUCUUAAGUCUCCGUAGGAGUUACGAAAGUUCGGCUGAAGCUUCGGGAGCGUCAAGAUCGACUUCAAAGACUUCAACAACGCGGGAGUCAGCAUCGUCUCUAGGCGGGGUCAGGCGCAUAGCAACCACCGUGACGCGCGGGUCGGGCCCGAGCGGUUCCGAGUUGUCGGCGGACGACUCCGAAAUCCUCCGAAGGCUGACGAAGAUGAACGAACGGAUGUGUAGCGAGAACGAUCUUCUCAAAGAUCAGCUGAAACUGUUCAAGCGCAACGCCGAGCUAAAGCAGAUAUCUCUGAUCAGCCUGGUGAUCGCGUGGCACCAGGGCCUGCUGUCACCGGACGACUGCCGGUCCCUGUCGGAGCUGUCUCAACUCGGCUCCGAGGACGACCCCGGCGGCUUCACGGUGUCCGGUCGAGGGCUGGGCAGCUCGGUGCGAGAGAUCAAGCGCGUCUUGCACCACCUGGAGCGGAGCCUGAUCGACCUAGACUUGACGGUUCGCGACCACCAGAGCCUUUGGCGCGACGCGCGAAGGCUUGGCGCGUUCCCGCCUCUUCCCGCUUCAUGCUCACAGGAAGGCGCUUCAGCACCCAGGCUGUAUAUACCGCGCCCUCAUGCGGAACACUCCGGUACUGCCGUCCAGUUGGCAAACAAGGAGACAACACAACCCGAUGACUCCGGUCUUGGAGGGAGCCUUUCCAAAAUGGCGAGUUUUACGGGGGGAGAAGAGACGAUGGAUGGAAGAGCGCGGAGGAGUUCCGAAGCCCAUGACGUCAGAGAAGUCCGUCUCCUGGGGGAGGUGUGCCACCAGUUGGAACAGCGAGUGCUGGUGUCCGUCUUUCCAAGGCAAAAGAUCGACCAUGCCAGUUUCAGCCUGCGCACGAUCGGUGACCUGGUCCGGCUGGAGCCUGACCCGGAUGAGAAAGAGUUCCUGACCCGGAAGCUGGGUCGCGUCACGGCCACCCUGCGGCUGUACGGGUUCGACCCGCAGAGACACCCGUUCUUCAUGACGGACAUCCUGCUGCGGUUCGGCAGGUUCGGCACAGACUGGGACAAGUACAGCUUCGUGCAACAGAAAGGUUACCAUGACGCAGAGUUGCUCCGGGAGACUGUGGGCCGCCUGGUGCCGGACACCUUCAGACGCGACAUGCUGGUGGUGCUGGACUGUCUGCUGGUCAUGUUACCAAGGUUACCUGUUUUGUUCUAUCUCCCAGGUUACCAUGACGCAGAGUUGCUCCGGGAGACGGUGGGCCGCCUGGUGCCGGACACCUUCAGACACGACAUGUUGGUGGUGCUGGACUGUCUACUGGCCAUGGCGCGGGAGGACGGCUGCUCCAUCUUCCUCUGGUGA